AUGUUUAUUGGUGAUGCAAGUUACUGGUGGGAUUCAAUGUCUCGAACUAGAACCCCGAAGCAGCAAUUGGCGUUAACAUGGGAACAAUUUAAAAAGGAACUAAUGGACAAGUAUUUUCCUCAGUCUCUAAGAGAUUUUAAGGAAAGUGAAUUCCUUCAGCUCAAACAGGGUAAUAUGUCCCUGAUGGAUUACGAACGAAAGUUCGAUCAACUCUCAAGAUAUGCUCCACACCUAGUUGACACGGAAAUUAAGAAGACUAGAAGGUUCGAGCAAGGGUUAAACCCAGACAUAAGCAUGAUCCUUAUGUCACAUCGUUUCACAUCAUAUCGUGAGAUGUUGGAACGAGCUCACGCUAUUUGGUAUCAAAAGGCUAAUGCGGAGCAACACCAUCAAUUGUACGACCAGCAAGAUAGAGGGCAUAUUGGAAAGAGGAAGUGA